UAGAAAAAGAAUGGGCCUUAACAGCCCAAAUAAAACUCCAACACACUUUACUCCCUCACCCCAUUUUCACUACACAGAAGUUUCUUGAACCCACCCACCAUAAAAUCUCCACCCAACCUCACCACAAUCAGCCAUCGUAACAAACCAUGGGUGUGGACUACUACAAGGUUCUUCAGGUCGAUCGCAGUGCUAAAGACGAUGACUUGAAGAAAGCCUACCGAAAACUCGCCAUGAAAUGGCACCCUGAUAAAAACCCUAACAACAAGAAAGAUGCAGAAGCCAAAUUCAAAACCAUCUCUGAAGCCUAUGAUGUGCUAAGUGACCCGCAAAAGAGGGCAAUUUACGAUCAAUAUGGCGAAGAGGGUUUGAAGGGGCAGGUCCCACCACCGGGUGCCGGAGGGUUUUCCGGCAUGUCGACUGACGGUGGUUCAACAACAUUCCGGUUUAAUCCUCGAAACGCGGACGACAUAUUUUCGGAGUUUUUUGGGUUCUCUAGCCCGUUUGGAGGGAUGGGGGAUAUGGGCGGGUCUCGUGGUGGGCCGGGUGGGCAGUUUCCGAGGCAUAUGUUUGGUGAUGAUAUAUUUUCUCAGUUUAGAGGGGCUGCUGGCGGUGAAGGGUCCACUAGUAUGCCGCCUAGGAAAGGGGCGGCGAUUGAGCGGACGUUGCCGUGCAGCUUGGAGGACCUGUAUAAGGGGACAACAAAGAAGAUGAAGAUCUCGAGGGACGCCACUGAUGCUACCGGGCGACCGACCACAGUGGAAGAAAUUCUCACAAUAGAGAUCAAACCCGGGUGGAAAAAGGGUACAAAAAUUACAUUUCCCGAAAAAGGAAACGAACAACGAGGUGUAAUCCCUUCUGAUCUUGUUUUCAUCAUCGACGAGAAACCGCACGCAGUUUUCAAACGGGAUGGUAACGAUCUUGUUGUCACCCAAAAGAUAUCACUUGCCGAAGCUCUGACCGGCUACACCGCCCAACUCACAACGCUUGACGGCCGAACCUUAACGGUUCCCAUCACCUCCGUAAUCAGCCCAACUUACGAAGAAGUAGUUAAAGGCGAAGGGAUGCCUAUACCCAAAGAACCGACGAAAAAGGGCAACUUGAGGGUCAAAUUCAACAUCAAGUUCCCAACAAAGCUUACUGCGGAACAGAAAACCGGGAUCAAGCGGUUGUUGACGUCUUCCUGAAGAAGUAUGGAAGCCUUUUAUGUAUUUGUUUUUGGUAGUUAUUUUAGAGUGUUUAUUUUUUUUUAAAAGGGAUCUUGUUAUACAUGGUAUUGUAAGUUUUUAUGGUUUAUUUCUGGGGAAAGAUUUUGUUUUCCA